UUGAAGAAUUCAAAGACAAAACUAAAGCAACAACAUGUUAAAAUUGUGUAAAAAAGUACCACUAAUGGGCCUUUUGGCCCUUUCCAGUAUAUUGCUGGCCAUAUCAUGGGCCCAAGAACGUAACGUUAUACUCGAAACUAUAGACUUUUUACGUCGCGGUCAAAAUGAUGUGAAUUUGGAAAAUUACGACAACACCAUUACCAUGGAAGGUGAAUAUGAUUUUAUAGUGGUGGGAGCUGGUACAGCCGGUUGUGCUUUGGCGGCUCGUUUAUCGGAAAAUCCCAAGUGGAAGGUUUUAUUGUUGGAGGCUGGUGGUCCGGAAAGUUUAAUUAUGGAUGUGCCUAUAGUGGCUCACUUUUUGCAGUUGGGUGAAAUGAACUGGAAAUAUAGAACCCAACCUUCCGAUCAUGCCUGUCUGGCCAUGAACAACAACCGUUGCAAUUGGCCCAGAGGCAAGGUAAUGGGUGGCUCUUCGGUAUUGAAUUAUAUGAUGUACACUCGCGGCAAUCGUAGAGAUUAUGACAGAUGGGCUGAGUUGGGUAAUGAGGGUUGGAGUUUCAAGGAUGUCUUGCCCUAUUUCAAGAAAUAUGAAGGCUCUAGUGUACCCGAUGCUGAUGCAGAGUUUGUGGGCCGUGAUGGUCCCGUCAAAGUCUCCUACGUCAAUUGGCGUUCCAAGAUUGCUGAAGCUUUUGUAGAGUCCGCCCAACAGGAUGGUCUUAAGUACCGUGAUUACAAUGGUCGCAUACAGAAUGGUGUUGCUUACCUACAUACCACCACACGCAAUGCCACACGCUGGAGUUCUAAUCGUUCCUAUCUAUAUCCCAUCAAAGGCAAACGUCCCAAUUUGCAUGUCAAGAAAAAUGCUUUGGUCACCAAGGUUCUGAUUAAUCCUGAAACCAAAACCGCCUAUGGUAUUAUUGUGCAGACCGAUGGUAAAUCCCAUAAAGUGUUGGCCAGACGUGAAGUAGUAGUGUCGGCUGGUGCCAUUAAUACACCACAACUGCUGAUGUUAUCCGGUGUGGGUCCUGCCAAACAUUUAAAAGAAGUUGGCAUUAAACCCAUAGCUGAUUUGGCUGUAGGCUAUAAUUUACAAGAUCAUACUGCCCCUGCUGUUACCUUUACCACCAAUGCCACCUCUUUGCAUUUUGAGGACUUUGCUGAACCCACUUUGUUGAAUUUGUUUAAUCGUCAAACCGGUCCUUAUGGCUCUCCUGGUGGCUGUGAAGCCAUGGCAUUUUGGGACUUGGAUAAUCAACAUUUGGAGGAUGGUUGGCCAGAUAUUGAAUUGUUUUUGGUGGGUGGUUCCAUGUCUUCAAAUCCCGCCAUCUCCAGAGCUUUUGGUUUGAAGAAAUCCAUCUAUGACAGUAUUUUUGCCGAAAUUGAAGAUCAAGAUCUGAAUGCCUUUAUGAUAUUCCCCAUGAUCCUAAGACCUAAAAGUCGUGGUCGCAUUAUGUUGAAAUCAACCGAUCCCAGCAAAUAUCCACUCAUCUUCUCCAACUACUUUGCCCAUCCCUACGAUGUGGACAUCUCUGUCAGAGGUCUGUUGAAGGCUCUAAGUCUUAUGGAUAGGCCGGGUUUCCAGAAAAUCAAUGCCAAACUUUGGGAACGUAAAAUCCCCACAUGCAAGAAGUAUCCCUAUAAAUCGUAUGCCUAUUGGGAAUGUUACGUUAAACAUUUCACUUUCACCAUUUACCACUACUCCGGUACCUGUAAAAUGGGUCCUAGAUCUGAUAGGGCAGCUGUGGUCGAUGCUCGUUUGAGGGUACAUGGUAUUAAAAAUUUACGUGUAGCCGAUGCCAGUAUUAUGCCAGAAAUUAUGUCUGGUCAUCCCAAUGGACCAGUGUUUAUGAUUGCUGAAAAGGCGGCCGAUAUGAUUAAGCAAGAUCAUGGUUUUAUACCUUAAGUUGGUACGGAAGAA